AUGGCUAAUCAUUAUGAUGUUCCCAAUUGGGCGGGUAAACCUCCUGUAGGWUUACACUUGGACGUAUUAAAAGGAGACAAAUUAAUUCAAAAACUAAUGUUGGACCAGAAAAAAUGCUACUUAUUUGGACGUAAUGCACAAAUGAGUGACUUUUGUAUUGACCAUCAAUCAUGUUCAAGAGUUCAUGCUGCAUUUGUCUACCACAAACAUUUAAAUAGAGCAUUUUUAGUUGAUCUUGGAUCUACUCAUGGUACAUACAUUGGUAGCAUUAGAAUUGAAGCAGAUAAACCCACUCAAUUACCAAUUAACAGUCAAUUUCAUUUUGGUGCAUCUACUCGAACUUACAUUAUUCGAGAACGUCCCCAAACGACAUCAGCUUUUGGACCUCGUCCAAUAAUGGACCAAUUAGAGAGAGAAUCUGACCAUGCAUCUAGUUUAUUAGGAUUACCAGAAACGGAUCUUGAGCUUGAUAAUUUAACUGAAUUUAAUACGGCACAAAAUCGACGCAUUUCAAUGCUUGGUAUAUCAGAUGAUGCAUUAAAAACAAAACGAAAACGUACAAGAGGAGUCCAUUUCAAUGAAGAUGAGCAGAUAAUCAAUCCAGAAGACAUUGAUCCAUCAGUUGGUCGUUUCAGAAAUCUAAUUAGAACUACUGUCAUACCUAAUAAAAAAUUCAAAGAUGGUAUGGGUUUUGCUAUUGACCAAAAUAAUACCAAUGGUCAAAAUAAAAACUACAUGAAAAAUAUGAUUCCUGGUGCACAUUUACACAAUUCACUUUACAGUGAUAUCCCUGGUCCAGAUAGUGACAAUAAGCAGCAUGGUUUCUUAUCCUCCAUUGGUAAUCGUCUUGGUAUGAAUUUACCAAAUCCUGCACCAGAUGUAGAUAUUAACCCUAGUAUAGAAGAAAUAGCUGUUCCCAAUCCAGUAGUAUCUGAAAAGGUUGAACCUGUUUCAACAGAGCCUAAAAAGAAAAAAUAUGCAAAAGAAGCGUGGCCUGGAAAAAAAAAUGCACCUGCAUUGCUUGUCUAAAAAAUUUAUACGGUUUUUUUUACAUAAUAUCUGUAUGUUUUUCCUUAUACAAUUUGGUAAUUAAAUAUUAUCUUAUCGUUAAUUA